AUGAGUGACGAGGACAUUGCUGUGACGAAAUUCCGAGAAUACUUGCGAAUAAGAACUGAUCAACCUGAGCCGGAUUAUGAAAGCUGUGUGAAGUUUCUUUUCGCGUUGGCUGAUGAAUUGGGCAUUGAGAGAGUUCGUGUUGAGCCAGUCACCGGAUAUCCAUUUGUGGUGAUGACGAUUCCCGGGAAAGCUCCACAAUUGUCAGCAAUCGUUCUGCACUCACACACUGAUGUUGUACCAGUUUACCGGGAAAAAUGGACUCAUGACCCUUUCUCCGGGGAUAAAGAUGAAAAGGGAAAUAUUUAUGGAAGAGGCGCACAAGAUAUGAAAUCAAAUGGAAUUCAAUACUUCGAAGCUAUUCGACGCCAUUUCUCUCGUGGAAUCAAAGAAUUCAAAAGAAAUGUUCAUAUCAUUUGGGGACCAGACGAAGAACGAGGCAGUAGAAAUGGAAUGGAGAAAUUUUUGGAGAGUCAAGAAUUUCAGAAACUCAACAUCGGCUUUGUUCUGGAUGAGGGAAUGGCAUCGGAAGAUCAGAUUUAUCGUGUCUACUAUGCAGAAAGAUGCAAAUGGUGGAUUCGCGUCUCAUUCACUGGUCGUCCCGGUCAUGGAUCGAGAAUUAUCGACAAUUCGGCGGCUGAGAAAAUGCUUUCUUUUCUGAAUAGUGCUCUCAAAUUUCGCGAAUCGCAAAAAGUGCUCCUUGAAUCGGAUCCGACGAAAACACUAGGAGAUGUGACAACGCUAAAUUUGACGAUGAUCAAAGGUGGUGUUGAGACAAAUGUUGUGCCAGCCGAUUUCGAGUGUGAAUUCGACAUUCGUGUCCCGCCAACAGUCGAUUUUGACGCUUUAGAGAAAGAGAUUAACGAAUGGGCACAGAAAGCGGGAAAGGGAACGAAAAUCGAGUUUAUAUUGCAUAAAACCUUCAAGAAUAUGACUCCGCAUAUGGCUGGUGAUCCUUUCUGGGAAGCAUUCGAAAAUGUCCUUAAAAAGGAACGCUGCACAUUCAGAAAUGAGAUCUUCCCAGCGGGCACUGAUUCGGGAUUGAUUCGAGAGAAAGGCUAUCGCUCGAUCGGCUUCUCGCCAAUCAUCAACACGCAAUGCCUCUUGCACGAUCACGAUGAGUUUCUAAAUGAAAGGGUUUAUUUACGUGGCGUUGAGAUCUAUGAGAAGCUUAUCGAAGCGCUUGCAAAUAUCGAUGAAGAGAAA